ACCGAGAAAGGCAUGAGCGACGUGCAAUCGCUCAGUGAUUCGCCAUCGUCGUCCGUAGGGCUUGGCAAUUCGCUUAUGUGGGAGAAGGUUGCACUGUCGCCACUGGAAUUGUUGUCGGUGCAGCUGGAGCAUGAGCUACAGCACGCUGAGGAGGUGGCCGCAGCAUCUGCUAAUGGCAAACAGAACAAGAACGGAGUGGAUGUGAACGCCAACACUGGCAAAGCUGCAGGACGCGUAAUCAUCGAAGUACUUGCAGCCAAGGAUCUGGCUCUAGAUAAGAACGCAGCAGUGCAGGCGGUCAGUGUCAAUGCGCAGCCGGAGCUGUACGUGUCCACGCAAGUGACUCCGCUAUCAGCGUUCGAGAAAACCGCGAAGAAGCACUUGCGCACUAGCAGCGUUCCAGCUGUAGAUAACGCAACAGCUAGCUGGAAAGAGUCGUUGGUGUAUGAAGGCGCUAAGACCAAGAAAUUCGGCGUGAAGAUCUCGCUGAGCUGCAACGCUGAGGUCAUUGCAGAUGUGGUUCUCGGAGAGCUGGAGCUUCGCAGCGCCGAUUACGAGGACCAAAUGCCGCAGGAAAAGUGGUUCGACUUGACUGCACCAGCGUCUUCCGCAAGUAGUGGCGUUACUGGUAAGCUGCUGCUGCGCCUCACGUUCGAGUACUCUGAGCGCAAGCGCCAUGAACGUCAGGUGGCUUUGCUUCGACAAAAUAAACGUGAGAAUGAUGACGAUAUCGAGCGAUACAAAACUACGGCGCGAUUGGUGAAUGCACCUGUGCGACACCCUGCUGCGUUUGGCAAGGAAACUGCACGAGCAGCGCUUUACUUGCCAGGCAACAAAUUUCACAUUGAUGCAUACCACCCGGCUGCGGUCAGUGUGGCACCUCUCCCGGACAAGACUCGCAUUGUGACUCCGUUUGGGCGCGGCGUGGUGGUGUCCUUCCGGCCAGAGACGAAGAUGUAUGUGGUGCAGAUGGACACGGAUGCUGCGUCGAAGAACCACACGAUUGCCUACUUGCGCCAGCAUGUCGUGAAGGAAGAGUCUGAAGAGCCACACCUUCGUAUGCACAUGAAGGUGUCGACUCCGUACGGCCUGGGUGUGCUAGAGGAGAUCCGCCCCCACGACGACGUUUUGAUCGUCAAAACCGACUAUGCUCACAUGUUCAUGCAGCGUAAGGACGUCAAGCUACCAGUGAAGGACAUCUCGGAGAUGACGACGAAGGAUCUGAUAAGCGAAGCCACCAAGCUCGCGGACGCUGGUAACGAGGAGUUUCGUGAGGGUAAGCUUCAGGAUGCCGUGUACAGCUACCUGCGCUCGCUAGGUUUCCUUCAGCGUGUGGACCAGGACAACGCCACACACAAGGAGAAGGCAACCAUCAUUCAGACCAUGAUCCGCUGCCACCUCAACAUUGGCGCGUGCAAGUUGAAGCUAGACAUGUACACGGACGCCGAGAUCGCGUGCACCAACGCCCUAAGUAUUCUCACGGUGCUGGCCGAUAACCGCGAGGGCAACGUUGUCACAUGGAUGGGACGUCUGGGCAUGUCGGAGCAGCUCAUGUUCGAGGACUGGCCCUCCAAGGCGCGCUUCCGGCGCGCACAGGCGUGUGUGAAGCUGGAAAAGUACGUAGACGCCAAGCACGAUCUGCUGCUGGCGGUGAAGUUGAACCCUCGGGAUAAGUCGUGCCGCACUUUACUGGAAAGGGUGAACAAGCUGGUGGACAAGCAGAAGCGCGACGAGAAGAAGGCUUGGGGCGGUAUUUUUGACAGUCUCGAGGCAUCCUCGUCGACCUUCGAAACCGUGACAACCAAGACGACUGCCAAGACGACGACUAGCAAGAGCGGCAGCAGCGAGGAGAAAUCCAUUUUCACGCGCAAGUCCAAGAAGAAGCAGGAGACUGCAGUAACUACUGCGAGCGAGGGCGAGCCCUGGUACAUGUACUUGACCACGCGAGCAUUGGCCACAGCCUCGGUGGUGACGGCUGGCGUGGCUGCCGUGGCACUGCUGGCGCUGAAGCCGAAGAGCUCUUAA